AUGGCUUCCAGUAUGUCGGUGAGGAGUUACUCUGUGAGUCGUCAGCCCUCCUUUUCCAGUCGUUCUCUGAUUGAUACCGGCCGCGCUCGCUCCCGUGCUUCAGUCUCUUUCACAGCAGCUAGUCCACUGACCCGUUCAGCUUCUUUCAGCCAGGACCUCAAUGGCCCAUUCAGCCUCCAUCUUAAUGGCCUGCAUGGCAACAGCACCAAUGAGAAAGAAGCUAUGCAGAGUCUCAACAACCGCCUGGCCAACUACCUGGACAAGGUGCGGACACUGGAGCGCUCCAACGCAGACCUGGAGAUGAAGAUCAAACAGCUGAUGCUCGACCGCAUUCCCAAAGGCCACGACCUCGAUUCCAUGAUGGCCCAAGCUCAUGCAGUCGAGCAAGAGGUGAGGAAGAGGACGCUGGAAAAUGCUCGUCUCAUGUUAGAGAUCGAUAAUGCUAAACUGGCUGCUGAUGACUUCAGAAUCAAGUGGGAGACGGAGCUGGUGAUGUGUCAGUCUGUGGAGCGAGAUUGUGUUGCUCUGAAAAAGGCCAAGACCGAGCACGAGCAGAUCAUUGCCUCUCUGAGGGGAGAUCUGGACAGCCUGAAAGAAGAACUUUACUUCCUCAAGAAAAACCAUGAAGAGGAACUUGAGCAGAUGAAGUCUCGUCUUGCCAAAGAUGAGGUAAACGUGGAGGUGGACUCUGCCAGCGGGCCAGAGCUUGGCACCAUUCUGUCUGAACUACGUUCCCAGUAUGAAGGGAUUGUCAAGAAGAACAAGGAAGAGACAGAGCAGUGGUACCGCAAGAAGCUGGAGACGGUGCAGAAUGAGGUGAAGGAGAGCAACGAGGCUCUGAGAAGUGCCCAGAGCGAGCUGACCGAGAGGCAGCGUUUCCUGCAGACCCUGGAGGUGGAGCUGGAGAGUCUGCACAAGCAGAUUGCAGCGCUGGAAGGUAACCUGGCUGAGACAGGUCAGAAGUACUCUGCUGAGAUGGAAAAGCUGCAGGUCACCCUGAGCCAGCUGGAGGACCACCUGUCCCAGCUCAGACUAGAGAUGCAGCGCACCAAGACUGACUACGAGCAGCUCCUCCGCAUCAAGCAAAAUCUGGAAAUGGAGAUUGCUACCUACAGGCGCUUACUGGAGGGAGAGGAAACAGUCAAAGAAGUUCCUCCUCCACCAAAAAAGGAGCCAGAUGUUCGCACCAGGAAGAUUGUGAAGGUGGUGACUCAGACAAUGGUCAAUGGCAAAGUGGUGGACGAAUCCAGCGAGGUGGAGCAGAUUGAGGAGACCAAGAAAUAGAAGGAGGAACGAAGAGGACAUGGAGAUAAAACAAAUUAAAACCCGAGAAUGGCACAGUGAUUUGCAAAACAAAAAGAAAGAGAGAGGAAGAAGUGAAAAAAAAACAUUAGAGAUUAGAUCAGAGUACUGCACAACAGCUGUGGA